CUGCAACCUGCUCUGCUCUGCGUCGUUAACAAUGUCGAUAGAGCUCAAACUUUCACGAAUUAAUCGCGUCUAUCGCCCUUCUAUGAUGAUGAGAUGGAAUUUCAGGAAGUUGUUGAGGGUAAAAUCAUAGUGAGGUCUUCUUCUUCAAUCUCCCACUAUGGAAUUCGCCUCGCUGUUAACGGAUCUGUCAACUUGCAGGUUCGUGGAGGAUCGGCGGGAGUUAUCGAGACUUUGGUUGGUGUUGCCAAGCCUAUUUCCAUUGUGAAUAAAAUUGUUGAGGUUAGACCUUCUGGAAAGAUUGCUUCAGGCACAUCAGAGAUUCCAUUUUCCAUGAAUAUCAAGCAGCCGGGAGAAAAGAAGCUGGAAAGGUUCUAUGAGACCUUCCAUGGAGCAAAUAUUAACAUUCAGUAUUUAUUAACUGUAGAUAUAUCGAGAGGAUACCUGCAUAAAUCAUUAUCUACAACAAUGGAGUUCAUAGUUGAAAGUGAUAAAGCUGAUCUUCUUGAGCGACCAGUUUCUCCGGAGAUGGUUAUCUUUUACCUUACUCAGGAUACUCAAAGGCAUCCGCUACUUCCUGAACUAAAGUCAGGUGGAUUCCGGGUUAUUGGGAAAAUGUCCACUCAAUGUUGUUUAUCAGAUCCCAUUGUUGGUGAACUAACAGUAGAAGCGUCUGCAGUUCCGAUUUGUUCGAUUGACAUGCACUUGCUUCGUGUAGAGUCAAUCCUUCUUGGGGAGAAAAUAGUAACUGAACAGUCUCUGAUUCAGACUACACAGAUAGCAGAUGGAGAUGUCUGCCGUAAUAUGACUCUACCCAUUUAUGUUAUACUUCCCCGUCUUUUGACUUGUCCUACUGUCUUAGCUGGUCCAUUUUCCAUAGAAUUUAAAGUUGCCAUAGUCAUAACCUUUCAAUCAGAUGUAGCGAAAGUGCAUUCAAAAUCUGAUCCUACAACUCCCAGACUAUGGCUUGCAAUGGAAAGUUUACCGCUUGAACUUGUUCGAACAAGGUGAGAGGAAGGCCAGUAGGAUAUAAGCAGUCAAACCCAUUACAGGGAGAAGAACGGAGCUGCAACAUAUGCUUUGCUGGUCAUUUUGCUCCUCCUUCCCAUAUUGGGCCUAUCUUAUUAGAGGACUUCCUAGGUGUCUCUAGGCCUCGAGAAAAGUACAAGAACAUGAACACAUUUGAAACCCUCGAGAAAACUUCAAACAAAAUACGUUCUGACAUGGAAAUAUUUAUCAUAGAUAAGCCUUUUUGUUAAUUUGAAACCUAGGGCUAUGCACACGAGGCUAUAUUGUAAUUUUUUCAAUUUUUAAAGGGUAUAGCCGACCGGCCAUACUCUUUAAAUAUAUUCGAAUAUAGGAACGCGGUUAUAUUAAUUUCUCAUUUUUUUAAUAUAAAACUAUAGUAUUCGAAUAUACAAUUUUGACAUAUUAUUUUGGGGCUUAGGGCUAAAAUACCCCUUUAGCCCAUUGUGCUAGACUUAUUUCUUUAAUUAUUUUAUUUAUAGAAGCUA